AUGGGCGCAGCAAUGAAGGACCCUGUAGAGAAGAGCGGAGGAGAUCCCGUACAAGCAGUGAAGCAGUUGUUGAGGACGGUAGUCCGCAUGUUUUACGAGACUGAGCACAUCGUCAUCAUGGACGCUCUCUGCUACCACGGCGCACUGCCCGUGGCCGACAUGACCAUCAUUCUCGAUGCAGGCAAGAACUCGAAACAUGUUAGUAAGGUCGCGGGUAAGCUUAGGGAGGCCGGGUUGUGUUCGUCCUAUACUCAGCAUGUCCUGCGCCAGGGUGCAAACAAAGCAUCAAGCAGAGAAUUCUUCUACAUCGACUGGCGUCGCGCUGUCGACUCGGUCAAGUACAAGAUUCAUAAGAUUGAUGAGGGUAUCAAGAGAGACGCCAAACCCACGACCGAGAAACCCGAGUUCAAGUGCUUGAGAUGCAAAUCUACGUACACAACCAUGCAGGCACUUGACCACCCGGAUGACAACCCUGGACCAGAUGACAGUGGCUUCAUUUGCGCUAGAUGCGGAUUCCGGUUAGACGAAAUCGACCAGGACGUCCAAGCAGACGAUGUUGACGACACUCCAGCCAAGUUCAACAAAUUGUUUGGCCCGCUGAUCGAGAUGAUGUCGAAAAUUCAGGAUAUGGGCAAUCUGCCCAAUUUGGAACCACCAGACAUUAUCAGCGAGCGAAUCGAGCUCCCUCGUGAUAGGAAUGUGGACCCUGGUACGCAGGUCGAAGUCAUUGAAACGACCGUUUCACGCCCGACCGCUGUCAAGGGUAUUGAUACAGGCCCAGAGAAGAUCAACGUCAUGAUCGGAUCGAGCGCAGAAGAGAACGAGAAGCAGCGAGCGGCAGACAGGGCCCGCCAGGAGAAGAUAUCUUUGCAGAACCAGCUCCCCACCUGGCAUACCAAGUCUACUGUUAUCAAAGACGCCGCAGGAAACACGACAACUGUGAAGAGAGAAACAGACGGAGUAGACACUCCCAGUAUCAAGACCGAGACAGGCGACACUGCGGCCACUAAUCAGAACCUCGAUGCAGUCUUUGCCCAGAUCGAAGCCGAGCGCCGUAGGAAGGAGCAGGAAGAGGAUGAUGACGAGGAGGACGAAGAUGAUGAUGAGUUUGAGGACGUUGAUGUGGGCACUCCCAGCGCUUUCCCAGAUGCAAAGCGCGUCAAGUUGGAAUCGUCCGCCGCUCCUACUCCUUCAGCCGCUGCAACCCCAGCUGCAGCAACCCCAGCCGCAUCGAACGGCGGUGACGAAAGCGAAGAGGAUGAGUUCGAAGAUGUAAACUGA